AUGGGAAACAUUGGCUUCCUCCUCCCUCUUGUGGUAUUUGUGCUGGUGUUGAGUAACUUUGGGGCUGCUUUGUCAUCAGAAUUACCUAACAUCACCACUGACCAAUUGGCUCUUCUUGCACUAAAAUCCCAUGUCACCCAUGACCCUCAAAACAUAUUGGCAACCAACUGGUCUAUGACUACCUCUGUUUGCAGUUGGAUUGGUAUCACUUGUGGAUCCGAUCAGCAAAGAAUUAUCGCUCUUGAUCUUUCUAACAUGAGUCUUAUAGGCACCAUCCCAUCUCACUUGGGAAAUCUCUCUUUUCUUGCUCAACUUAACAUCCAAAGCAACAAUUUUCGAGGCUCAUUGCCCAAGGAGUUGGCUAAUUUGUCUUGGUUGGAGUAUAUAGACAUCAGUCAAAACAAUUUCAAUGGGGAAAUCCCAUCAUGGUUUGAUUCCUUCACUAAACUUCACAAGCUGUCUCUGUACAGUAACAACUUCUCUGGUGUUAUCCCGCCUUCUUUGGGUUCUUUGUCAAACCUUAAGGAAUUGCUCCUACAUGACAAUGAUUUGAAAGGGCAAAUUCCUAUUACAAUCGGAGAUCUUUCUAACUUGAAAUAUUUGAAUUUGGAACAGAAUCACCUUUCAGGUGUAAAUCUUUCUCAAUCUUCAAUAUACUUUAUUGCAAAAAUUGAUUUCAACACUAAUAAUCUCAUUGUAGGUCAACUUCCAUUGGCUGUAUUUGAUCAGCUUCUUAAAUUGCAAUUUCUAAUUUUGGGAUUGAACAAUCUUUCAGGUAGAAUUCCAACCAGUUUAUUCAAGUGCCAAGAGUUAGAAGCUUUAAUUUUAUCUAGCAAUGUCUUGGAGGGAAGUGUGCCUCAAGAAAUCGGGAAUUUGACUAGAUUAAAAAACUUGUAUCUUGAUUGGAAUAAUCUAACAGGUCAACUUUCAUCGGCUACAUUUGAUCAACUUCUUAAAUUACAAUAUCUAAAUUUGAGAAACAACCAUCUCUGGGGUACAAUUCCAUUUAGUUUAUUCAAGUGUCAAGCGAUAGAAACUUUAAAUUUAUUGGAGAAUGCCUUGGAGGGAAGCGUGCCUCAAGAAAUCGGGAAUUUGACUAGAUUAAACUACUUGUAUCUUGGUGCGAACAACCUACAAGGUGGCAUUCCAUCAGCUGUUGGAAAUCUGACUUCUAUUAAGAACCUUAAUUUAAGGCGCAACAACUUGACAGGGACUCUCAUGGAAUAA